AUGUCAUGGAUGUUUUUCUCGUCGUUUGAGCUCAACCAAGAGACUGUGGCUUCCAGUGGCCAUGGUGUAAAUGUUCCACCUUGGGAGGUGGUUCGAAUAUCUCUGCUGGAUUUACUUCUUUGCAAUCCCAACACGGAUGUUGCAAUGUAUGAAUCGGAUGAAAUCAUCAAGUACCUUGUACCACAUAAACUUGUUAGUUUAUCCUCGAUUUUUUUUCCAGGGAAUGCCUUUUAUGCUGUCAGGGUUUCUUCACGACAAGCCUCUAAAGAUCUGGGCGAAUUGAAAACUCAAAAAAGAAAGAGAGAGCUAUAUCUUAAAGCUGGAUUUUGUGAGCAGCUUUCGCCUUUCUGUAAGAUCGUACGAGAAAGGCUGGUUGAAUUGGAGCUCCCUCACGUUUACUACAAUGCCGCUCGUGGAAGUCCCAAACGAAAUUAUCUCUUGGAACGGACUGGAAUUUUUCAGGUUCCUUUCUUAGAAGACCCCAACACCGGCGUGGAGAUGUUUGAAAGCUCGGAGAUUAUCAAGUAUCUUAACACAACGUAUGCCUUGUAAAGAAAAGAGAUUCUCAUUUUAUAAAUAAAUUCAAGCAGCAGU